AUGUCGAAUUCAGAAGCGCCGCCCCUUUCCUCCUUUAUCUCUGUAUCCUCUGCUUCUGCCUUUUCCUUUGUUUUUUCGGGCUCCGUUGCCAAUGCCUCGUCCAAACGCACAAACUCCCUGGGGUUCGCCGCCUCAGACUGCCAUACUUGUCAAUCUCUCAAACAGCAGUGUGACCGCCAAAGGCCCAGAUGUAAUAUGUGUAUCACAUCCAGCGUCCACUGCCACGGAUAUGCUCAGAAAUUGGCAUGGCAAUCUGGACUGGCCAGCCGCGGCAAAAUGACCAGGAAAACAUUCAAGAUUCCAGCCGACGAGGAUUCAGCAAACCAGAAACGCAAAACCCGUUGUCCGACCACAUUUGCCUUUGUCCAGGAAAACGGCAUCAAACGAAGAAAGACAAAAGCCCAGGUCCAAGGAACUCGGAGAGCACUCGAGCCGACCCAUCGACACACCAGGGACUUCACCUCGCCCACAGUUCUAAGCCCCAGGAUUCCGACUAUGCUUGAGAUCGAUCAAAAUCUCGAAGCCUACGACACUACCAUGAUAGAACAAUCCCAGCAAGAUGUCAACGGUCCAAUAGAGCUGCCAGAAACGACCGAGUUUGUUGAAUCUUCGACUCCCAACAGUCCUCCCGUUGAUCAACGCGAUUUAGUCAUCCACCGCCAAAUGACCACGUUUUACCCUCUCCACCACCGUGAAAGCGAAAUCCUCGAUUUUUAUCAAUUGCGAUUCUCAACGUUACCCAUCACGUUUGAAAUGCAAGUCAAUCCUUGGCAGAUGUUCCUCCCAAUGGCCUUUGAGAGCCCAUGCUUGUUGAAUGCCGUCUUUGCCCUCGGGAAGAAGUAUCGUGGUUUACUGAUGCACGAGGCCGAGGACCUCGAAGCCCUUCAGUUCAAGAAUAAAUCCCUCAAUGCUUUCAUCGAUUUAGUACAAGAUCUCACGGCAAACCCAGCCCUUCUUAUCGCCACCAUACUGGCUCUGGUGUCAAUCGACUAUAUUGGAACUGGCUACUCCAACUGGUCCGUCCAUUUUCGUGGCGCCUACCAAAUUAUACAGAGUAAAGGAGGAAUCGCCAUUGCAGACAAUGACAUUGGACUUCAGAGCCAAAUCGCCAUGCUUGUAUGGUACGACGUCUCAAGUGCUCUUCUUUCUCGGAGAGAGCCUGUCUUCCCACGAUCCUACACGAAACGGCUAAUGAAAUGGAGAUUGACUUCCGGAUGGACCAUGCUGGCUUUGAACGGGUUUCCCGACGACCUGCUCUUGGUGAUCUACAAUCUCGCUUGGGCGGCUUCACAUCCAGUCGACGUGGAAGAGGUCUUGAAGUUGGAAGGAAGCCUGUGGACUGUUCAAUACGAAACGCAAGACGAGGAUCUGGCUCGACUUUUCGACUGCUGGCGUCUGUCAUUGUUGCUAUACUGUGGGCGUGUGUUCGACAUCCAACAAACCAAUCUGUCACAUGAACCUCUUCACACAUUCCCCGUCCAUCGCCGCUUGUCUCAUUCCGACUGUUCAACUCCGAGUUCCCCAGCCAAGUGUGCCACGCCUCCGAAGCACCUUUUAGGGGUCGAAGAGCGCAGCAAAUUUCUGGCCGAAGAAAUUUUCUGGUUGAUGAGAGACAUCAGUUCGACUUCCAGCAUUCAGAAACAGUGUCUGAUCCCCGUGACCCUUGCCGCUUGCGAAAUGGACUCUGACCCCGAACGCUUUCCCUUUCGUAUCAUGGCCGAGGAUUACUGUCGAAGGUGGAACAGACAGUCCGGACACGGCGUCUUUACAACAGCGCUGGGUCUGAUUGAGGAUGUGUGGAGACUCGUUGACCGCGGCUUAGCCGUUCAAGAUCUUUGGCUCGCUGGCAUUUCUAAUCCGCGCCAAGUUCUAGAAUUCAGUACCCCGAUCGAGGAGUCUAGCCCCUCUUGGGACGGCUUGCAUUCUUCAAGAGAGUUCCUACUGGGCUAAAUGCUCGCCGGAUCUUACUUAUCGGAUACGUCAAAUUACGGUUAGCGCAAGAUUGUGGGAAGCAUCUGUUCCCA